CAAUGCUUCAAGAAGAACAAGUGGUUUUCUGAUUUCAUCUUCUCUAGAAAAGAAACCUCAUAAUGUAUGCAAGUGCGAAGGUGAGGGCAAACAAACAAGAUGAUCAAUUUUCUCUCCCAAAUGAUGGUGAAUCAUUGCUGAUUUUGAGGAUUAAGGACUCCCUAUCCAUUAGAGACAAUCAGAGCCAUUCUCCACCAUCUCUUGCCAAAAUCACAAAGGCUCACAUCCCAAAGCUCGGAGCUCAAUCUAUAUAUACCUCCAGAGAAACAGUGAAGAACAAUGGACAAAGUCAUACAAAUACCAAAUCGAAUAUUACAGCUAAUUCAGUUCCACCCCCACGAGCUGUCUUGUCCAGUCCAGACAAUGAUGGGAUGAUUGGAAGUAGAAAGAAAUUGAUGGAAGAGAAAUCUUGGCAUUCUAGUACAAAUGGGAAGAUGCAAGGCCAAAAUAAGGUGAAGGCAGCAAGGCCUCUGAGCAAGAAAAAGGGCUCCAAGGAAGUAUCAGAUAAUAAGAGUAGCCUUAAGCAAAGGAAACUUCAUGAACAGAAGCCACAUCUCAGAGAAGGAAAAUCAAGCCCCAAUGCUAUAUGAUUUUGCUUUUAUGCAGUUUCAGAAACUUCAUGCUUAAUUUUGAAUAUGCCAAAUGCCUUGGGUGGCUUCUUGAUGCUUGGUUUUAAACUUUUUAAAGUGCAAUGUUUUUUGAAUUGUAU